AACAGGAGAGCUAAUGUGCUGAACGAGCUAAUGUGCCCAUUAAAACCUGACAGAAAGAUGAUUGGAAAAUCAAUAAAGCAGACUAUGAAAUUCUUAAUUGUAUAAUGACAAAAUGUUGAUUUGUUUGCUUUCCUAAUGUGAUGAAGGUUGGAUUGUAACCUAAUUUCUGUAUUUUGGGGUUUUAAAAAUGUUCCGCUCAUUGUUUGUACCAAACAUAAUGAAAAACUUGUUUCUAGAAAAGAAAAAUCACCUACAUAUUUGUCCAUUCUGUAUUGUGUCAGCUGAUAUAUCAAUAUUCAGCUCUGUCCAACCACCUUUCCACAGUGGCUACACGCACACACACACGCUCAUGUUUGUGUGUCUCUUUCAUGUUCUUCCAGCAUGUGUGUCUGUGUAUAGAUGAGGGGGGCAGAGAAAGUGGCCACGGGAACAGAAGACGGGAGUAGCUUAAAACAUGACAUCUGAACCAGCCACUGAACUGAAUGACUGGCUCUGUUUCACACACAGCAGCUCAUUGUUGUGUGUGGCAGUCAAGAUGCAGUGAUCCUGAGCUGAUCAUGUUGUACAUUUCCUACAGAGGCCUUCAAAAAAACACACAAACUCAUUAAACCAUCCUCAGAAGAAGGUAACACAAUCUCUCCUUGGCUGUGUACAUAUAGAGUAUGUUUUAGAAAUCAAGAUAAAUAUGGCCUGCGAUGACAUUCUCAUGAUGCUUUACAGUUGUUGGUUUUCUGUGUUAGGACAGAGCUGGACCAAAAAAGCUUUUAAGUAUGCUGCCCCGUCCACCUGGAACAAGGCUCAAAAGGACUUGAAAAUGGUGCUCCUGAUCAAUGCUUUUGCUUCUAUUUUAUUGCUUUUUCUUUAAUUGAAUGGCUUUGAAAAUCCUGUAUAUGCCUCUUAACUAGAAAUAGUUUAUGGUCUCUAGCGUGUGAUAGUUGCCAUUGCCUGUUUAUGUUGUUUGUCAUUUGUAUUUAUUGUUACAGCAAUGUUUUUAUGCUGUCUUCUUGGUCAGUUAUCUCUUGAAAAAGAGUUGAAAAAAAUAUUUUGAUCACAUUGAGACUAUAACCUGGUUAAAUAGAGAAAAGCAAAAGAGAAGAAAGGCGGUGACUCGAGACACAGAUGGAGAAUUUAAGCUUAAGAGUCAGGUUUUUUUUAAAGGUAUCUUACAAGAGGUUAAGGUAACGCAAUUGAGUUUGCAAGCUGCAACACGGAAAUAAGGAGCUGUUCCCCCAAAACAUAGAAAGAGAAAGAGACCGGGAAAGUAGCUUUGGAUUUGGCAUUCAUUCAAUGGCAUAACUUACAGAGAGAAGAGACAGAGAAUCUGCCAGUUAAUGCACAUUUGACACAAGCCUCAUUGGUACACAGUCAUUAUGCAUCGCUUCUGAGUUCCUGCCUCUGCUCGAAGACGAAGAGAGAGAGACAUGUCAGGAGUGAGGGAGAGGGAGAGAGACGCUGAUGAGCCAUUCGUGCAGAAUCGAGAGAGAGAGAGAGAGGAGGGGUGGAUGGAAGUGAGCGAGCAAGCCAAAGAGAGAGAGGGAGUGCUUCUCCCUUCCCCUAGCAACGGUCGGCCGUGGUCGUAUCCAGCCUGUUGUUUUCUCUCUCUCUCUCUGUCAUGCACACACAGACACACAAACACCACUCACUCAUACACUCCUUCUUUGGCUCGCUUCGUCUGCCUGUUGGACCCCGGGGUGUCUUUUGAUAAUUUUUCCAAAUGAUUCUUUUUGCUUCUUCCUGCGAGAUGAAGGCUGUUUUUCAAGGAUAAGGAAAAGAAAAGAGACAACGCGAAAACCAGCAACAGAAAAGGACAGAAGAAAUAAUAAGAAAGAAGCAGAGUGACUGAGAUAGGGAGAGAAAAAGAGGAUGGAGCCCCUCAGUGCUCAUGGCCUGCCCCGGCUUUCCUGGAUCGACACCCUCUACAGCAACUUUAACUACAACACAGAUGGCUAUGAGGGGGACGGAGCGGAGGACGGCAAGUCUCAGGAUGGCUCGGAGACGCUGCCCUAUAUAGAUGAAUCGCCCACUAUGUCACCCCAGCUGUGCGUGCCCCAAGGGCCCGACGGAGAGACGGUCUCCCCCACACCACCAGAGGGCCUGCUGCCAGGGGGAGACAUAGAGAAAGGACUGGAGAUGAAGAAACUGGUGCUGUCUGGUUUCUUGGCCAGCGAGGAGAUCUACAUUAACCAGCUGGAGGCCCUGCUACUGCCCAUGCGUCCUCUGAAAGCCACAGCCACAACCUCGCAGCCCGUCCUGACCAUCCAGCAGGUAGAGACCAUCUUCUACAAAAUCCAGGACAUUUUUGAGAUCCACAAGGAGUUCUACGACGCCCUCUUACCCAACAUCCAGCAGUGGGACGAGAAGGUCACCGUGGGACAUUUGUUCCAGAAGCUGGCCAGCCAGUUGGGAGUGUACAAGGCCUUCGUGGACAACUACAAGGUGGCGCUAGAGACAGCGGAGAAAUGCAGCCAGGCCAACGGCCAGUUCCAGAAGAUAUCUGAGAACCUCAAAGUAAAAGGUCCUAAAGACUCUAAAGAUUGUACCACAACUGUCUCAAUGGAGGCUCUCCUUUACAAGCCAAUUGACCGUGUUACCAGAAGCACCCUGGUCCUUCAUGACUUGCUGAAACACACUCCUAAGGACCACCCGGACUUCCCCCUCCUGCAGGACGCUCUGCGGAUAUCUCAGAACUUCCUCUCCUCCAUCAACGAGGAGAUCGAUCCUCGCAGGACUGCUGUCACCACGCCCAAGGGAGAGGCUCGUCAGCUGGUGAAGGAUGGCUUCCUGGUGGAGGUGUCAGAAAGCUCCAGGAAGGUACGGCACGUCUUCCUCUUCACCGAUCUUCUGCUCUGUGCCAAGAUGAAGAAGACUUCAGUCGGUCGCCACCAGCAGUAUGAGUGCAAGUGGUACAUCCCUCUGGCAGACUUGACUUUCCAGACCCUGGACGACUCCGACUCUUGCCACAGUAUCCAAGUCCUGCCUGAGCACGAGAUCGAGGAGAUGAAGAUCAAGAUCUCAGUCUUAAAGAGUGAAAUACAGAAAGAGAAGAAAGCACCGAAGGGUCAGAGUCGUGUGGAGCGUCUGAGGAAGAAGAUGAAUGAGCAGGAGUCGUGGCUGCUCCUGCACUCCCCCACCAUCCCCUUCCGCAUCCACAACAAACAUGGAAAGAGCUACCUGUUCCUCCUCUCCUCUGAUUACGAGAGGUCAGAGUGGAGGGAAAGCAUCCAGAAACUCCAGAAGAAAGAUCUCCAGACGUGUGUAUUAAGUUCCGUUGAGCUCCAGGUCCUGACCAGCUCCUGUUUCAAACUUCGAACUGUCCACAACAUUCCUGUCACCAGUAACAAAGAUGAUGAGGAGACUCCUGGCCUGUAUGGCUUUCUGCAUGUGAUCGUCCAUUCUGCCAAAGGAUUCAAGGAGUCAGCCAAUCUAUACUGCACCCUUGAAGUGGACUCGUAUGGAUACUUUGUCAGCAAGGCCAAGACCCGUGUCUUCAGAGACACCACCGAGCCACAGUGGAAUGAAGAGUUUGAGAUUGAGUUGGAGGGCUCCCAGUACCUGCGGAUCCUGUGCUACGAGAAGUGUUACGACAAAAGCAUGCUCAACAAGGACGACAACGAGAUUGUGGACAAGAUCAUGGGAAAGGGGCAAGUCCAGCUGGAUCCUCAGACAGUGCAGUCCAAGAACUGGCACAUGGACGUCAUAGAGAUGAACGGGAUCAAAGUGGAAUUCUCCAUGAAGUUUACAAGUCGGGACCUCAGCUUGAAGAGAACGCCAUCCAAAAAACAGAGUGGGGUGUUUGGAGUCAAAAUCAAUGUGGUGACAAAGCGCGAGCGCUCCAAGGUGCCUUACAUUGUCCGUCAGUGCAUUGAGGAAGUGGAGAAGAGGGGGAUUGACGAAGUGGGAAUCUACAGGAUCUCAGGGGUGGCCACUGAUAUCCAGGCCCUCAAAACAGCAUUUGACACCAAUACCAAAGAUAUCCUGAUGAUGCUGAGUGACAUGGACAUUAACGCCAUUGCAGGAACACUGAAGCUGUACUUCAGGGAGCUGCCGGAGCCUCUGCUCACUGACCGCCUCUACCCCGCCUUCAUGGAGGGCAUAGCGCUCUCAGACCCGGCAGCCAAGGAGAACUGCAUGAUGCACCUCCUGCGCUCCCUGCCUGACCCCAACCUUAUGACCUUCCUCACUCUGCUGGAGCACCUCAAACGGGUGGCUGAGAAAGAGCCCAUCAACAAGAUGUCCCUCCAUAACCUGGGCACCGUGUUUGGCCCCACUCUGCUUAGGCCCUCAGAGUCAGAGAUCACUAAGGGACAGCACAUCACCUCUGCCUCUGACAUCUGGUCACAUGACGUCAUGGCACAGGUCCAGGUGCUGCUCUAUUACCUGCAGCAUCCCCCCAUCUCCUUUGCCGAACUGAAGCGCAACACGCUCUACUUUUCCACUGAUGUUUAAUCCCCACCCACCUCCCUCAGGGCGCCAUCAGGAGAGGAGAGUGUGAGAGACUCCAUACAAAUCUUGGUCCCCAUCACUCCUGCCUCACCUCUCCUCCCAGCAGGCAGCUCAUCUCGACUGUACAGCCCCCCCACAUCCUUCCUGCCUAGACCCCCAAACCAACCACCUGAAAAGAGAUGGAGCAGAGCACGGAGGGAGGUGGCAAAGGAGAUUUCCAGGUCGUCUAGUAGUCACGUCAUGUCCUGUUUGUAAUGUGAGGAGAGCAGAGCCUGCCCCCGCCUCCCACCGACAAGAUGACAAGGCAUUCUGGGACCACAGUGGGAAAGGUUGGGGGGGUCCAGAGGCCACAGCCUGGCGCGGUGGCACAGGAUCACACCCGUGAUUGUCGUGGUGUCAUUUAGUGAGCCUUUUCCAGACACCGGUUUGAUGAUUUCAGAAACCAGUCGACUCAACCUCCAGCUUUGUUUUCCCGAUCAGAGGCAUUCCAGAAAAAUGGCAUUUACAUGUGUAAUAAUUAUGUUCAAAAGCUGUUUUGUUUCCUUUUUUCGGUCUUUCUGGCUUUGUGCAUGUGCGUGGUGGAGGAGGCAGGGGUGUGUGAGAGACAAUGUGGAUGUACAUGAGUGAGUGAGUGAGUGAGUGAGUGUGUGUGUGUGUGUGUGUGUGUGUGUAAGGGACAAUGAGAACUUGUGAGGUUUAGAAGUGGCUGGGAAGCCAUCCUAAUAAAUGGCUGGUGAUGUGUCUCUCUGUCCUGACAAACAAGAGAGAACUGCCCUCCCCACUGAGUCUUGGCCAAAUUAGCCCUAUUUAUUUUGAAUAUAUAUAAUAUGUGUGCCUGUACAGUUCUGUGCAAUUAGAGAAAUGCUCUAAGGAGUCUGUUUUUUGAAGUUUAUUCAGGUAGUGAUGUUAUUUUUAGUCUGAUUUUUUUUUUCAUUCACCAUGUCCAUGCUUGGUAAGCUGUACUGAAAAGAUCACCAGAAAGUCUGCCAAUUAAUUUCAGAUCACUUUGUAGAGGAGAAAGGGCACUCUGUGAUAUGAGGGUUGUUCGGGGAAAAAACACAAUGAAUGGAACGUUUAGCUUUUUUUCUUGUUGUUUCAUUGCAAGCCUGUUCCAAGUGUCUUACUGCACCAGUAUAAUCUAUAGGAUGAUUUGUGUAGUUGCCCUCAUUGCAUGUUCAGCUUGUCAAUCAAAC